GACUCUUACCACCGCUGACCGGCUUUCCGUGUACAAACAUUACCGAAACGCAGGGCAUGACCAUCGCCCAAAUGCUCCACCUAUACUACGAUCGACUGUCCACUGCAUCCGUGUUUCUGGAGCAGGUCGAGUCCGAGUUCAGCCCGUACAAGAAUGACGUGGCGUGCGUGCAGCGGUCCGUCGUCGGACUCCUCUGUCAACUGGCAUUGACCUUGACACACUUGAAGGAGACUUUGCCGAACUCCGCGAGUCGCGAAGCGAUGCCCGAGAUAUACCGGACCCUACCGAACACGGCCAGUCAAGACAUCCGUAAUUUUCUCAUUUCUCGAGAUCUAUCAAAACUUGUAAACUCAAUGAAAACUGAUAUUGGACGAUUUGUGAAAUAAGUCAUAGUAAGCCUAUAUGUGCAUAUUUACCAUCAGUUGACACCCAAUACAUACAUAUACAUAUAUAUAUAUAUAUAUAUAUAU